AUGGCUAGUGGAGCCUCGGAGCUUCUAGAGCGCAAGAAGACAGGAGAAAUGACAAUUGUCGAUAUCCACACUCAUGUCUACCCCCCUGCAUAUAUGGACCUUCUCCGCUCCCGAGAUACAGUCCCCUAUGUGCGGACAUUCCCCCCCUCUACCGAGGAGCGACUCAUAAUUCUUCCAGGCGAAGACUCGUCCAACAGCUCCACAGCUCGCGGCCGCCCUAUCGGUCCUGAGUACUAUGAUUUCAGUUACAAGAUUGCCUUUAUGGACCAGCACAAGAUUGAUAUCUCUGUUGUUUCGCUCGCAAACCCCUGGCUUGAUUUCUUGCCUCCCUCUGAGGCUGCAGAGACAGCGAUGCUCAUCAAUGAUGAUAUGGACGCCAGCUGUGGACUAUACCCGGGCCGGUUAUAUGCCUUUGGAACACUUCCAUUGAGUGCAAGCGUGGAAGAGAUCACAGAAGAGAUUCGGAGGUUAAAAGGGAUGCCAUGGAUUAGGGGUGUUGUCAUGGGUACUUCUGGGCUAGGCAACGGACUAGAUGACGAGAGGUUGAACCCGGUGUAUGAAGCGCUGGAGGAGACUGGGCAGACAAUGUUUUUACAUCCUCAUUAUGGAUUGCCUACAGAGGUGUAUGGACCAAGGGCGUCCGAGUAUGGACAUGUUCUUCCCUUGGCGCUAGGUUUUCCCCUUGAAACGACGAUUGCAGUUGCGCGACUCAUCCUCUCUGGUGUCUUUGACAAGUACCCAGGCCUCACACUGCUCCUCGCUCACUCUGGCGGUACCCUCCCUUUCCUUGCGGGCCGCCUUGAGUCUGUUAUUGCACACGACGCGCAUCUCAAAGACACAAAUACAGCGCCUAAGAGAAGCAUUUGGGAUGUAUUAUCCAAGAAUCUCAUACUAGAUGCAGUGGUGUAUUCAUCGGUUGGAUUGAAGGCCGCAGUAGACGUAGCUGGUGCCGACAGAGUCUUAUUUGGGACUGAUCAUCCCUUCUUCCCACCUCUGGAGGGGGAGGAGGAUCAACCAUGGUUGAGCGUGACAACCAAUUACAAGGCCAUCAAUGAUUCAUUUGGGCUGGAGAGAGGGAUAGCGGAAGGUGUUUUGGGGGACAAUGCGGUAAGACUUUUGAAUUUGAGGUUUGGACGCCAAAGUACAGGGUGUGAUCUGGAGAAGAUCUAA